UCUUGAAAUAAGAAUGGAGAGUGUAUAUUUGUGAAGUUUUUUGUCAAUGGUUAUCAUGUACUCUAUUGAUAGCUGUAAAAAGGUUUAACAAUUUUGGGGUGAUAAUUCGCAAUACAAAGAGACAAAUAAUUCUGAGACUGAGGGGUAUUACGUACUUUAUUGUAUAAGAAGUGAAACAUCUUUUAUACAACUGAACAAAACAAUCUUUUCCCCUCUUUAUUUUAUUCUUUUUUGCUAAAAAAGGGUGUCAUAUUAGUGACAAAUUAAUAAAUCUUUGUUAUUCUUUUUUCCCUUAUUUUGUAUUGCUGUAUUGAUUAUUAUUUGUUUGGUUACCAAAUUCAUUCAACUAAGAAAAUUCUGGGGAAUGGUGCAAGAGUAAAUUAUUUUGCUUAAUUAUUCCCUGGUGGAGGUACAGUAUGCUUAUUUAUAGUUAUUAGUUAAUUUUUGGGGAAAAAAAAAAAAAUUCACCAAUUAACUGCCGGGAAUCCAUAUUUUCCCAUAACGUCAAAAAAGGGUUACAUGCAAACAUUGGAAAUAUGAUUGUCAAAGUACAAAUUGCUAUCAAAUGUUACACCCAGGUUCUUAAUCCUAGAAGAUGUCGUAACAGUAAAUCCAAAAAAAAAAAAAAGUUAUGAAAAGUGAAGGUGACAUGACAUGUAGCCAAGUAUGGUGUCCCAUACUCAGAAUUUGUGCUCUACAUUUCACCCAUCCAAGUGCACACACAGCAGUGAGUAUUGAACACACACCCAGAGCAGUGGGCAGCCGUUUUUUUUGCUGCGGCACCCAGGGAGCGAUUGGGGGGUUAAGUGCCUUGCUCAAGGGCACCUCAGUUGUGGGUAAUUGAAGUUGAAGGGAUCACUGUUCAUUCACUGUCCCCACCUACAUCUCCUGUCGGUACUGAGACUCAAACUAACCACCUUCGGAUUACAACUCCAAAGGCAAAUUGAGAGGUUUCUUCACAUCUUUGGGAAAUAUAAAGCUAAAUUGGGUUAGGUUAUUUAUGAAUAUAUAAUAGCAUCUUGCAUAAGAGACUGAUUAUAGUCAGAGGAGGGAUUUUCUUAAGAAAUUGUUUCAUGAGCUAACAGAAAGUCACGUGAACUUUUACUUCUCCUUAAAUAACUUAAUAAAUAUUGGGUAGUCUUGGCCUCAUGUAAACAUUUUCAGCAAGACAAGGUUCAACAUGAGUAGGCACAUGAAACAUGAUGGACGAUGAUAUAGAAAUUGCUGUUGUUGGCAUUGGAUGCCAUUUUCCUGGAGGUGAGGGACUCGAAAACUUCUGGCGAGUCCUCCUUCAUGGAGAGAACUGUACAGUUCAGAUACCAAACGACAGGUUUAAUCUCUCUCAAUGGUAUGAUCCAGAUGAGAGUAAGGCAGGAAAGACGCACACAGCAAAAGCAGCACUCAUCAAUGGCUUGAAUGAGUUUGACCACAAGUUUUUCAGCAUCACUGAUGCUGAAACAGUCACCAUGGACCCUCAGCACAAACUUCUGUUGCAGUGCACCUACAGAGCCCUAGAGGAUGCUGGGAUACCAAUGGAAAAGGCCAGUGGAACGCGAACAGGAGUUUUUUUGGGCCUAAUGAACAGAGACUUUGAGCUGAAAAAUGUGAGGAAUAAUCCAAAACACUUAGACCACACCAGUGGCACUGGUGCCGCUAUGAGCAUAGCUGCCAACCGCAUCUCAUACACAUUCAACUUCACUGGCCCCUCACUGUCCAUUGAUUGUGCCUGCUCCUCAUCCCUUGUCGCCCUUCACUUGGCUUGUCAAGCCAUAAAACAAGGAGAUUGUGAUAUGGCCUUGUGUGGCGGUGUGACCUGUAUUUUGGAGCCGACCAUUUUUGUGGCCCUCUCCAAGUCACAUAUGAUCUCCUCUGAUGGAAUGAGUAAACCUUUCAGCAGCAAAGCAGACGGAUAUGGCAGAGGUGAAGGAUGCGGGGUUGUUCUAUUAAAGCCUCUGAAAAAAGCUUUUGAAGACCAUGAUCAUAUUUGGGGUAUCAUCAGCAAAACUGCAGUAAAUCAAGAUGGCCACACCAUUAGUCCAAUCACCAAACCAUCCAUGGUACAGCAGGAGGAGCUUCUUAGAAAAAUCUACUCAACAGAGACUGACCUGACUAGUGUCCAGUACAUUGAGGCUCAUGGAACUGGGACUCCAAUUGGAGAUCCAAUAGAGGCGGGUAGCAUCUCAAAAGUCAUUGCCAAAGCAAGACCUCAAAAGUCAGGGCCACUCAUCAUUGGUUCUGUUAAAAGCAAUAUUGGACACACAGAAUCUGCCGCAGGUGUUGCAGGGCUCAUUAAGGUUCUUUUGAUGAUGCAGCAUGAAACCAUUGUGCCAUCAUUGUUCUACUCCGUGGAAAACUCCAGCAUAGACACUGAAUCUCUCAACGUGAAAAUCCCCACCACAUCAGAAAAAUGGAUCAGUGACUGCAGAGCAGGGAGAUUAGCAGGAAUCAAUAACUUUGGGUUUGGUGGAACAAAUGCACAUGCAAUUGUCAGACAAUAUGUGCAGUCAAAAAAGCCAAAAGAUCAGCAGAUAAGCAAAUCCCAUCAGUAUUUUGUGGUCUCUGCAGCCUCUGAAAAAUCCAUGAAAAAUAUUAUUGAAGAUACUGUAAAACAGAUCAGUGCAGGGAAAAUAUCAGAUCUACAGUCUUUACUGUACACAUCCGCAUGUAGAAGAAGUCACUUGAAACACAAAUACAGAAAAGUAUUUCAAACAUCAUCACUGGCAGAUCUGCAAGAGAAACUUACUGCUGCUGUAAAGAAAAAGCUUGUACCAUCAAAGACAGACUCCAAGCUAGUUUUUGUGUUUUGUGGCAAUGGUGUUACAUAUCAGGGUAUGUGCAAGCAGCUCCUAAAACAAGAGCCAGUUUUCAGAGAGGAAAUCGUGAAGAUUGAAACUCUGUUGCAAAGCUACAGAAGUUUGAAUCUGAUAGAGGUGCUGGAAAGUGAAUCUGAGAAAAGUACAGAGCUGUCUGAUCCAAGCAUUGUACAGCCUAUUCUGUUUGCUAUUCAGGUUGCUGUUGUCAAACUUCUGAAACACUGGGGCAUCAGUCCUGAUGCUGUUUUGGGCCACUCUAUUGGAGAAGUCGCUGCAUCUCAUUGUUCUGGUUUGCUGUCACUUGAAGAUGCAGUGAAAGUCAUCCACUAUCGCAGUUCUUUGCAAAGCACUGUGACAGGAGGGAAGAUGCUGGUAGUCAGUAAUAUGGCUGUUUCUGAAGUCUUGAAAAUUCUUCCAACUUGUUCAGGAAGGGUUUGUCUGGCUGCUUAUAACAGCCCUCAGUCAUGCACCCUCUCAGGAGAUGCAGAUGACAUUGACAGGUUGCAACAGAAUUUGAGCAACUCAGCUAGUGGAAAAGAUUUGUUCCUUCGCAUUUUAGAUGUACCUGCAGCAUACCACAGUCACAAGAUGGAUCCCAUUUUAUCCAAAGUGAAAGAAAGUAUAGGCCCAUUGCAGGCACAUAAUUUGGAGACAGAAUUGUUCUCAACAGUGACAGGUGUUAGUUUGUGUUCCUCAGAUUUUAUUACUGGUGAAUACUGGGCAAGAAAUGUCAGAGAGCCAGUUAAAUUUGAACAAGCUGUAAAGUCUGCAGCUAAAAGCAAAAGGACUGUGAUAUUUGUUGAAAUUGGUCCAAGAAGAUCUUUGCAGAGGUACAUCACUGAGACUCUGGGAAAUGACUUCACUGUGAUUCCCUCAGUGCAGCCUGAUAAAGAUCACGAGACAAUGCUUGUAGCUGUUUCCAAACUGUUUGAACUUGGGGUCAAAGUGGACUGGGAAAUUUUCUAUAAAGGUUUUGAGGCUGAACCAAUUCCCUACCCACGAUACCAGUUUGAUGAUGUGAAGAAAGAUGUCUUCGUUACACGUUUGCAGUCGAUCGGCCCCACUGGCAACCAUCCAGUAGUUACACAAAUGGGUACAGACAGUUCGAUGUUCAGCUGUGAUUUAUCCUCUGAAUCAGUGGCCUUCCUGCAAGACCACAAGCACAGUGGGGUUGCCAUCAUUCCUGGGGCAUUUUAUGCAGAGUUGGGUUUAGCAACUUACAUGGCAUAUGCAAAACCUAAGGUUCCACUAAGUUCUCUGCAGCUCAGCAUAACAUUCCAGAGUCCAUUUGUUUUCAUGCAGAAUGCCCCAGAUUUGAAAGUACAGCUGGAUCAUUCAGACCAUUUGGCCAAUAACACAUGUAACUUCAAAAUACAGUCUGCUUCUGCAGUCUAUGCAUUUGGCACAGUAGAAGCAAAACCAGGUAGAAGUCCUGAAGAACAGUUAAUUUCAUUAGACUGCAUUUCCAAAAGAUGCACAUUCCACAUGACUACUGAAGAUAUCUACAGGCAUCUAAGUCAAUCAGGAUUUGAGUAUGGGUCAGUCUUCAGAAAUAAUGCAGAUGUUUACUGUGGGAAAGAAUUUAGAGAGGCUAUAUCUGUUGUGAAGGUCCCAAAGGAAUUACUACCUGAAUUACAUGAGUAUCACCUUCACCCUGUGGUCUUGGAUUACUUCAUGCAACUUGUUCCUGCAACUAUAAGGCAUGACCUAUCAGCAAGACCACAAUUUCCUGCACAAAUAGGAAGCCUGACUGUAUUUGAACCAUUGCAAGAGGAGAUGUUUGUAUAUCUGAGAGCAGUACAUGUGGAAGAAGAUGAUAUUGACAUUUUUGGCUGCUUAACCAACAAACAGGGUAGGGUGUUGGUUGAACUCAGGCAUGUGAAAAUCAGAAUGCUAGGAAGUCAUUCCCAAGUGGUCAAGGAGUACUUCUUCCAUAACAAUUUCAGUAUCAUCUCUGAAGUUGCCACGUUUGAUACACCGAUUAAGGCACUUGUCUUUUCUGACCAGGUAGGAAUUUCUAAAGCUUUGCAACAGUACUUGGACCCAACAUCUAGAUAUGUGUCUUCUUCAAACAGUAACAUACUGUUAAAAGAUGGAAUUGAACUUCUUUUGUCAAAACUGAAAAUUUCAAGUGUAAAGAAAAACUUCCAGGAAAUUUUGUUCAUGUGGGGCGAUGCAGACAUAACCUCUCUUGAAUCAGAGAAGGUCUUAGACAGUAUGGCAGGGUAUUGUGAGAUUGUCCGAAAGAUUGUCAGAUAUCUUAAGGCACUUUAUUUCCCAGGUAAUAUCAGAGUUAUAACCUUUAGGUGCUCUGAGAGCUUAGUGGACCACAUAAACAUUGGGUUUGUUCUGUCAGGCAUGAUAAGAGCAUGUGCAGCUGAGUUGCCAGAACUUUCCUUCCAGCUGAUUGACAUGGGCUCUGCCACUUUUGAAGACAUCAAAGCUUUGGUUCAGGUCCUCAGAUCAUACCCCUGUAACAAAUAUCCAGAGCUAGUAGUGAAGGAGGGCAAAAUUCUCAAACCUGAAAUCGCCCACACACCUUUGCCAACCAUGGCAAUCUCUUCAAGAAAUGUCCACAAGUUGGAUGAAGAAGUCUUCAUCUUGCAAACAUCUGACCCAUAUAUAAUGACAAAUGUGUCAGCGACUCAAAUGGAUAAUACCAUUGAACUGAUUCAAGGAAAAAAUAUUGAGCUUCAUCUCAGUAAAAUCUGUGUUCAUUCAUCAGAUUACUUUCCAGUCAGCAUUUCUGACCUGAAUUAUGGUAAGACAUUGUACUGGAACAAGCACACAAAUGAAAACCAUAAGCUCAUAGCCCUUGACUUCAGUGGCACUGUCACAGCUGUGGGUAAAGAUGUCAGCAAAUUUAAAGUUGGUGAUCAUGUUGUGUCUUGUUACCCUGUUGCUGCCACCACUAAAGUGGUUCUUCCAGCAGCUGUUUGCUGCAAAGCUAAAAGGCUUUCAUUCUUGAAUGACAUGCCUUGUGUCUCUUAUAUGGUACUGGCUUGGGAGAUCUUGCAUGAGGCUUUACCCAAAGCUAAACAGCAAUGGAAAUUGGGUAUUUUCUCCACUGUUCCAAACUCAGCUUUGAUGAAUGUGUUAAUUGCUAUUGCAAACAGAUCAGGUUGGAAUGUCAGAGUGAGCACGCAGGCUGAUCAGCUGUCUUGUGAUUUUAGUGAGGUUGUAGGAGCUGUUCUCCUACCUCCUUAUAAUUUAGAAACUGCUGAAAUAGCUAGCAGUGUUAGAGGCAUCAAAGACAUUGUUCUUGUCUAUGACAACCAGACAGAAUUUCCAUUCAAUACUACAACAUUCAGAGGUACAAAUGAGGAAGUCCGCUUCCAUGCCCUUCUUAUGACCCAAAUAAUGCAAAAAGGGUCUCUGCAAAUGCAAAUGCCACACAUCUACCGUUGGCUGAAAUCCAUGCAUUUGGACAGAAAGUCCUUGUCUUUGGAUGCAACAGCUGUUCAAAGAGCGAAAUCUCAAGACACUGAUCUUCCAUCUGUUAAAGAAUCUGAAUCAUACUUCAGAUGCCAGAUCCUACCCAUUAUCAUCCUGAACAGUGAAGACAAGAACCAGCUGUCUGACAUUCCAGCAAUGCCCAAACACAUUCUAUUCAAGAAAAAUUCUGUCUAUAUUGUCACAGGUGGUCUAACAGGGUUGGGCUUUGAAACAGUAAAGUUCAUUGCUCAGAAAGGAGGAGGAAACAUUGUCAUUCUGUCUAGAAGAAAUCCAGACCCUCAGAUUCAACAAGAGAUAAGUCAGGUCAGUAGCAGUUGGGGUUCUGUCAUUAAGUCUCUGCCAUGUGAUGUUUCUGUAUUUGAGCAAGUGGACCAGACAAUUGUUAAUAUUGGAAAACUGUUUCCAUCCAGUCCCAUCAAAGGGAUAUUUCACAGUGCGGUUGUCCUGCAUGAUGCGCUGAUUGAACAUCUUGACAAAUCUCUUUAUGAGAAAGUUUUGAGGCCAAAAGUACAGGGAGUCAUUAACCUUCACCGUGCUACCAUACAGUGCAAUCUGGAUUACUUUGUGUGCUAUUCUUCUAUCUCUGCCUUCAUUGGCAAUGCCUCACAAAGUAAUUAUGCUGCGGCUAAUACAUUCAUGGACACUUUCUGUCAGUACCGUAGAAACAUUGGACUUUCUGGACAGUCCAUUAAUUGGGGGGCUUUGAAUCUGGGUCUUUUGUUGAACAAAGUCCAAAUCCAAAGAUUUCUGGAGGCAAAGGGAAUCAUGCUUUUGGAGAUUCCAGAAAUCCAUAAAAGUCUUGAGCACUGCCUCUUGAUCAACAAACCUCAACAGGUUGUAUGCAAAUUCAAUUUUAAAAACAACUGGAAUAACUUUCUCAGUCAGAACAAAUCACUAAAGUUGCGGUUGUACAAAAUAGGAGAGGAAGCCAUGAUUAAAACUGGAGUGAACAUGUCUAAACCUGAGCAACCCAUGACAUUAUCCUCACCAAGUGAUUAUCUGAGGUUCAUGAUUAGCGAAAUGAUUGGUAUUGAGAUGGACAAGCUGAAUGAUGAUGUUCAUCUUUUUGAUUUAGGCAUUGACUCAAUGCUUGCCAUGACUCUGCAGAAUCUUAUCUUCAAUGAUAGAGGUGUGAAUGUCUCUCUAGUAACUCUGCUGGAUCCAAAUAGCACACUGGCAACUUUAAUUAAAGUCCUGGAGGAUAACUGUGUAGAUGGAUAUCAGAGUGAAGAAAGCAAUUCCACAUACUUUUGAUUUGUAAAUUGUAUUUCUCUAACGCAGACUUGUCUCAAAACAAGGACUUUCUUGGAAAUUCAUGACAUUUUGAUGUGAAACAGGAGUAUAGUUAGUAUUAUAGUACAUAAUUGAUCAAUUCAAUUAACUCAAGUUCAUCUAGUUAGUAGUUUAUGAAAGUUAAUAUUGAAAAAUAAUCCAAUAUGACUUAAUUUCACUAAAUUUCCCACCAAUCUAUUGAAAUAUUGACUUGCGAGGCAACUCUAUCUAACUCCAACUCCUCUGUGUUAACACCACAUAUCAUUAACAUAGCAAAUUGAGGUUCUGCAGACUGUGCACUUAACAUUGUUUAUCAUUGUUUUAAUUUAUGUUUUGUUCUUGAGAUCACACUAGGUUUAAACACACAUUCAGCACUUCACUUCAGUUUCUAAAUUGCUUUCCCUAUCUAUUUUAAUGUACUUGAAAACAAAACUGUAUGAGUGGCACAUACUGACAUGCUGAUGAUGAUUAAGAUGGUGAUGAUUUUUAUUAUUAUUAUUAUGGUAACACUUUAUUUUAGGGUCUUUUAACUAGUUGCUUAUUAGCAUGCAUAUUAAUAGAAUAUUGGCCAUUUAUUAGUACUUAUUAAGCACAUAUUAAUGCCUUAUUCUGCAUAACCUUAUUCUACAUUCUUAAUCCUAUCCAAUACCUAAACUUAACAACUACCUUACUAACUAUUAAUAAGCAGUAAAUUAGGAGUUUAUUGAGGGAAAAGUCAUUGUUAUUAGUUUAUAUGUGUUCCCUAUACUAAAGUGUUACCAUUAUUAUUAUGUUAUUAUUACAAAUAUUAAAUGAAAUCCUUGAAAGUAAGAAAUAAAUGUAAAUUAAUUAAUCAAUCCAAACAAUAGUAUUAGUAAGAUUUAUAGUAAUUUAAAAAUACAUUAUGGUUUGUAUUCUAGAUGAUGUUUAAAAUACUGUCUACAAUGACAAUUGUAAAGAUAUGUUAAUGGAUUAUUCACUUUAUGUAUAGAUUGAGACUUUCUGUAGUAAAUACCAGUAUCAUGAUAUUUUACAAAGCAAAUGUUGAAUCAAUAGCACAAAAUGAGAUGUCAAUAUAUGAUAUGAUCAUUUAUCAGUAAAACUACAAUUAAAAGAGUAAAUGAGUAAUAAACAGUAAAGUACUGUUAUGAUUGGGAAUCAGAUGUGACUGUAAUAGUUUAUGAUGUGUGGGUAUAUAUACAGCAACUUUGUUACCCAAGGCAAAUAUCUGAGAAAUAAAAAAAUGUAAUGUCGAAUGUCAUCUCUUUUUAUUUACAUUUUCAUUAUAUUCAAGAUUUUUAUUUAUUACAUAGCUCUCUGUAUACCUAGUUCUGAUUAGCCAUUGCAUUCUGAUUUCAGAUAUUUUUAUACAAUGAUGCUAAACUAUAAUUUUCUGCUGUUCAAUAUUUCCAACUAGCAGCAGGAAAAUGUUUAUAGUGUAUUCAUUGUUAAUACUUAUAGUGUAUUUGUUAGUUUUAUAAUAAAAUGCCUUAAUCUUUUUAAAUGGUUGAAUGUGUUUCACUGCUUAAUUGAAUUACAUUUAGCAGUUUCUGGACCACAUCUGGCCUGAGGACCAAGCCGAAUCUCAGCCAGAUCUGUCUUACAGUGCCUGGGCCAGACCUGGGCCACAUAAAACAAUUUAAGUCAAUUUUCAGUGUGCUGGCCAGAUCUGGGCCACAUCAAUAAAUAAGAGUCUUUUUACAGGGUGUGGGCCAUAUCCAGGCCAGAGGAAAUUGUGUCUGUUUUCAGUGUCUGGACCGGUUUUGGGCCGGGGACCCAGCCAGAACUGGGCCGGAAUUGAAGCAAGGAUGUGGCCCAGAAGUGGGCCAGACAAAUUUUGCUAUCUGAGUCUAGGCUAUUUGAUGUGCAGGUUUGCCUAGGCAUACAGAAAAAAUACAGAUGUUUAGCAGAUGUUUGUAGACAGCUUUCCAGAUGAAGCGUUCUUUAACAGACUUGGAUAUGUAGGUGUGUGUUGUCUUAUCAUUCCUCAGUAUCUGUUUAAAAUCCAUGGAUCACCAUUCUGUGUUUCUGCUUGUUCAUACAUAAAAAUACAAAUUAAUGUUAUAAAUGAAUA